GCCUUGGGAGCAUCAUUUCAAUGUACUGAGGCCCCAUUGAUGUUCGCAGUUUGCAGUUGCUUAAGCUGCUUUCUUCUGCACCUAGAUCAUCUAGAUCGUUGAUUCUCCAUCAACCCAGAGCCCCGCCAGAUUUAAGUAUUUCAACAGCGUCAAUUGGCCUUCUGCUCUGCACGCGUCCCACGACAACCCCACCAACCUCAGGCGGCGCUUGCAGCGGCGACCCCAACCAAGUCCUCAGCCAGCGAUCAUCGUAACUUAGCCCGAUCUUUGUCUGCUACCAUCGCGAGUCAGACAACAUCGACAGAGAGUUCACGAUUCAUUGCCCCGUCAACCUUCGCAGCCAUGGCGAGCUUUAUUACGAGUAUCUUCCCAGGCUCCAAGGAUUCGCGCCCUGCCACGCCCUCCCAGAACCGCAACAGCUUCAUCACACCCGUUUCGACACCGCAGGGCAGCCCGAGUAAGAAAACGGCUCCACCUGGAGCCAAUGAUCUCCCUGUGGCGUUCGAAAACGCAAUGAAGCUCAGCAGCAACAAUGGCCUCGACAGUCCCAUCAGGCUGCGACCCCAAACUGGUGUGAGCCCGCUGUCCCCAGUCAGAAGCAACCUCCAACCGAUCGACGAUCCCUACUUCGGAACGGGGUCGCCCAAUGUCGACGAGAGCAUUAUCCACAAGACUCCAGGCAGCCCCCUGAAGAAGCAGGGACAAGAGAACACGCCUCCUUCGCGAAUCCCUGUCGUCGGGGGCUCGGAUUCCCCGUACAUACACAACCAUGCCGCCGUCUCUCGUCAAGAACUUUAUCAGCUUAAAGAGAGCAGGCCAUUGACUCCUACGACCAAGAAGUUCAACACUUCGCGCGGGCUGACACCCGAGGAACUUGAGAUCCUGAAAAAACCCAAUGUCCGCCGCCUUGUCAACGUCACCCAGCUGUACUUCCUUGAUUACUACUUCGAUCUCCUCACCUAUGUUGGCUCACGCCAGGCUCGACUCAAUGCUUUCAAGGAGGAAUAUCCUGCCCCGCCGGGCACCGAUGAGGAGACGCACAAGCAGAUGUGGCAAAAAUACGCGGGUCGAGAACGCGCCAACCUCCGUAAGCGCCGCGUCCGGCUUCGACAGGGUGAUUUCCAAAUCCUCACACAAGUUGGCCAAGGUGGCUAUGGCCAAGUCUAUCUUGCGCAAAAGAAGGACACCAAGGAGGUGUGUGCUUUGAAGGUCAUGAGCAAGAGACUGCUUUUCAAGCUGGAUGAGGUUCGCCAUGUUCUGACCGAACGAGAUAUUCUCACAACGGCCAAGAGCGAGUGGUUGGUUCGACUACUGUACUCCUUCCAGGACGACAAGAGUAUCUAUCUUGCCAUGGAAUAUGUACCAGGCGGAGAUUUCCGAACCCUUCUCAACAAUACGGGCGUUCUUUCCAACCGCCAUGCGCGAUUCUACAUUGCUGAGAUGUUCUGCUCUGUUGAUGCGUUGCACAAGCUUGGCUAUAUUCACCGAGAUCUGAAGCCUGAGAAUUUCCUGGUUGACUCCACCGGCCAUGUCAAGCUGACCGACUUCGGCCUAGCCGCGGGGAUGCUAGCACCGGGCAAGAUCGAGUCCAUGCGCAUCAAACUGGAGAAGGCAUCAGAGACCAGUGUUCCGUUUGGUAAGCCAAUGGACCAGCGCACCAUCGCCGAGCGUCGGGACGGCUACCGAACUAUGCGCGAGAACGACGUGAAUUACGCCAAAUCUAUCGUGGGAUCGCCCGAUUACAUGGCCCCCGAGGUCCUUCGUGGCGAUGAGUACGACUACACUGUCGACUACUGGAGUUUGGGCUGUAUGCUCUUUGAAGCUCUGACGGGCUUCCCCCCCUUCGCAGGCUCCACCGCCGACGAGACAUGGAGAAACCUCAAGCACUGGAAAGACGUACUCAAGCGGCCGGUAUGGGAAGAUCCGAACUAUUUCCUGAGCAAUCGAACCUGGAAUUUCAUCACCACCUGUAUCAAUUCAAGAAGCAAGCGUUUCUCCACCAUCAAGGACAUCUACGAGCAUCAGUACUUCGCCGAGGUGGAUUGGGACACUCUUAGACAGACCAAGGCGCCAUUUGUACCUGAACUAGACUCAGAAACCGAUGCAGGGUACUUUGAUGAUUUCACCAAUGAGGCUGAUAUGGCCAAGUACAAGGAGGUCCAUGAUAAACAACAGGCCCUUGAGAGUAUGGCCGACCGAGACGAUGCGAUGGGCAAGUCUUUAUUUGUCGGAUUUACAUUCCGUCAUCGCAAACCGGCCACGGAGGAUGGCAGCCCGCGCAAACCAAUCCCGACCGACGGCACGUUCGGCACGAUGCUUUAGGGUAAACGUCCGGCGUCCGGGUUGAUCAGGUGAUAGAUAGUUGGCUUGGGUGGAAUUGUUU